UUCAGAGUCGGUUGUUUUGGUUUUUGGGUCCAACCACCGAUCCGUCCAAUUCACACCAGUUUUUGCCUGUUUUCAAGCAAAACUGGUUCUGCAGGCUAACCGACCCGCCCACCCCACCGGUACUCGGUCCAACCGGUCCGGUUUUUAAAACUAUGGAUUAUACGGCUUUUAAUUGCUUCGAGUUACACCCUUAAAUCCAUUCUCAAUGUCAACCGAGUCUUGUAUUCGUCUUCUUAAUAGCUGCAGAAACGUUUUUCACAUCAAACAAGUUCAUGCCAACGUCUUAAUCAAUGGAACAUUCAACAAUCUCAUUGUUGCAAACAAGCUUCUUUACUUCUAUGUCCAACACAAAGCUAUUAAUGAUGCACAUUAUCUGUUUGAUAAAAUGCCAAUGAGAGACCCAACUACUUGGAGUGUAAUGGUUGGUGGAUUUGCCAAGCUUGGUGACUAUUCCAAUUGUUAUGCAACCUUUAGGGAGAUUAUUAGAUGUGGUGUUACACCUGAUAACUAUACUUUGCCUUUUGUGAUAAGAACUUGUAGGGAUAGAAAGGAUUUUCAAAUGGGUCAAAUGAUUCAUAAUGUGGUUUUGAAACAUGGGUUGCAAUUGGAUCAUUUUGUUUGUGCUACACUUGUUGAUAUGUAUGCAAAGUGUAUGGUGAUUGAGGAUGCGAGGAAGUUGUUUGAUAUAAUGCUUAGUAAGGAUCUUGUGACUUGGACGGUUAUGAUUGGUGCUUAUGCUGAUUACGAUGCUUAUGAGUCUUUGGUUUUGUUUGAUCGGAUGAGGGAAGAAGGUUUUGUUCCUGAUAAGGUUGCUAUGGUGACGGUUGUUAAUGCGUGUGCCAAAUUGGGAGCUAUGCAUAGGGCUAGGUUUGUUAACGAAUAUAUUUGUAUGAAUGGUUUAUCUUUGGAUGUGAUCUUAGGGACUGCAAUGAUUGAUAUGUAUGCCAAGUGUGGGUGUGUUGACUCUGCAAGAGAGGUUUUCGAUAGGAUGAAAGAGAAAAAUGUUAUUUCGUGGAGUGCCAUGAUUGCUGCUUAUGGAUAUCAUGGGAAGGGGAAGGAAGCUCUUGAUUUGUUUCAUAUGAUGUUGAGCUGUGGAAUUUGGCCGAAUAGGAUCACCUUUGUCUCCCUCUUAUAUGCGUGUAGUCAUGCAGGAUUGACAGACGAGGGCCUGCACUUCUUCGAUUUGAUGUGGGAAGAACAUGCUGUUAGACCUGAUGUUAAACAUUAUACUUGUGUGGUUGAUCUUCUCGGACGUGCCGGGAGGCUAGACGAGGCAUGGAAAUUGAUUGAGACAAUGACUGUUGAAAAAGAUGAGAGACUGUGGAGUGCUUUGCUUGGGGCGUGUCGGAUUCAUGGGAACAUGGAGUUGGCAGAAAAGGUAGCUAAUUCUCUACUUGAAUUACAGCCACAAAAUCCAGGGAACUAUGUAUUACUAUCUAAUAUAUAUGCAAAAGCUGGUAAAUUUGAAAAAGUGGCAGAAUUUAGGGAUAUGAUGACGCGAAAGAAUCUGAAGAAAGUUCCUGGAUGGACAUGGAUUGAAGUGGAUAACAAAACCUAUCAGUUUAGUGUUGGAGAUAGAUCUCAUCCUCAAUCAAAGGAGAUCUAUGAAAUGUUGAUGAGUGUAAUUAAGAAGUUGGAGAUGGCUGGUUAUGUACCUGAUACAGAAUUCGUGUUGCAAGAUGUUGAGGAGGAAGUUAAGAAAGAAAUGUUGUACACACAUAGUGAAAAGCUUGCUAUUGCAUUCGGCUUAAUUGCCAUCCCUAAGGGUGAUCACAUUAGGAUUUCUAAAAAUUUGAGAGUCUGUGGUGAUUGUCACACAUUUUGUAAGAUGGUAUCGGACAUUAUGAGAAGGUCAAUAAUUGUUCGGGACUCGAAUCGCUUUCAUCAUUUUAAUGAAGGGACUUGCUCAUGUGGGGACUACUGGUAGCAUAUGACAAUCUGAAUCUACAGUUCACGGUUACAAGAAGCGGCUGUGGUUUUGAACUGCAAAACAGGGGAACUCUGUUAUUUGUUUGGGCCUUCCUAUUGGGGCUAAUCCUUGUAAUAUGAAGACUAAGGAGUCCGUUGUAAAUAAGGUGAGGAGUAGACUGUCGUCUUGGAAGAGUAAAACCUAUCGAUGGGGGGUCGCGUAGUCCUAUUGCGCUCUGUUCUAAUCUCCUAACACAUGCUUUAUCUGUCUUUCUUCAAAGCUCUUUCAGGUUAAAAGAGUUGGAGAGUCUUGAUUUUUUUCUUGAUGAGAUGGGGUUGUAAAUUAUGAUAGUUUGGAUAUGCUUCUUAGUAAAGCAUUGGACAGGUUGUGAAUAGGAUGAUGCCUCGAAUGGUUUGAGUUUAUGCUUGUUAGUUGUGGUAGUCUGUGGGAGAAUUUAAGGGUUUAAGUUUGAGAUUACGCCUGAUUUGAUCCUGAUAUUUUCGGCAGUGAACAGUGGUUUUGAGGUAAAAUCUUGUAAAACUUUAAGUUUGGUCCUGGAGACAAUUGCUGUUUCUUAAUUUUACCGGUUAUAGAUUUUCAGCCA